GAAUUAAGGCUUUUUCUGCUGGGUGCUCAUCACUUCCCCUAAUGAUACGUUAUAAAUUUUUUAUAACAUCAGCUUUUAUAUGGAUCAUAUAUUGCUAUCAAUAGUAAAGAGACAAAGUUGGAAUAAAGACAUCUUCUUUGCAGGUUCUUACCACUUUCCCUUCAACUCCCUCUCCCUCUUCUCUCUCUUAAAAGAAAAGCAAAGCAGAGAUGUUUCAACUUGUCCUUGAGUCUUUGGACUCUGCAACUCUGUGAGGAAAGCAACCAUCAUUUUCUUUUUACCAUCAUGCUCUGCAACCAACUUCCCAGCUUUAGACUUUAUCUUCUCCAAACCCUUCUUUGAUAAGCUUUCAGCACAGGGUUCAUUCCUGGGCCAAAACCUAAGCUAGUUCAAAUUUCUUUUCAUUUUCUGGUAGGUCUUUUGACGGUUCUUGGUUGCAUAAUAUGAUUAGUGGGGUACUGUGCUUGCUUGUUUGGUGUUUCCUGACUAGGGUUCUUUUGUUUAUCUCGGUUCCUUCAUAUAUGAUAGACUGGUAGAAGUUUGGGGCUUAUAUUAGAGGCCUAGAGCUGAAAUUUUUCCAUAUGUUGCAGGCCUGCAAAGAAAUUGUAUGUGGAAAGAAAAUAGAAAUUCCCUUAAGUUUAGACUUACUUGCCCAAGAAACAAGCUUUCAAGAAAAUAAAACCAGCCAUAUGGCUAAUGUUUACUCUGGGCUAGUGGUUGAAAUUUUGGAGGAUAUGAUAAAUGAAUAUGAUAAUUUUUGCAAUAAUUUUGGGAUGUUGGUUCCAAAUGAGAAAGAAACCUCAACAGAUUUAAGGGUCCUUGGUUCAAAGCUGGAUGCUGGAAAGCAACCCCUGGGUCAUUCAGAAGUACAGGCAUGGAGUAAAUACCACAAGGGCAUGGUAGUGUUUCAAGCUGGUGAAGUUGAACAGCUCAACAAGAGAUUGCAGAUUCUCGAAGAAGACGCUGCAGUCAUAAAGCAAUCCUUCUUUAGCAGUGUAGAAGAAAGAAAAAAAUUGAUCAGGGAGAUACAUCAGCUGUUUCAGAUCAUACACCAUUUCCUUUGCCUUCAAAGUCAGGGAACAGGUGAGAAAACCCAUGCUGGAGCUCUGAUAAUCAACCCUCACAAGGAUGGAAGAAUGGGGACUGGUCUAUCACAAGUUCUAAUCCAAGAUUCAAAUCCAGCUCUUGUGACCAGAGGCCUUAGAGCUAAUAUGCUAGCAUUCCAGGGAACUGCAGAAAGUGAGGAAGCAUUCAUUCCCAGAUAGAUCAUUUCUUCAAUUGAGAUGAGAUGCGACAAAGUCACCCCAUCUCUCUAUUGUAUUUUUUUUAUUUAUUAUUAUUAUUUCAAGUAGCCUCUAUAAGUUUCAAUUCAAUUACAGAAAUAUAAUUUGGGGCUA